UUUACCAUUUCGCGCGAUCAAAUGUUGAGGCUGGCUACGAUUUUUCCCGGGAAAAUAAACUAGAAAGAAAGAACAGGAAAACAAAACCUGUGGGGCUUUGAAUUCGCCACAUUUCCGAAAACUGCUCCAACCACAUAAACUACUCAGUAACUCAGCUCAGCUCAUCUCUCUACUAUUCUUCAACAAUCUGUACGUUCUUCGCAUUCUGGAGCUAGGGUUUAUCGGUUUAAAGCUUCCGAUGUUUGCUUCUUGCGCAACAUCGCUUUCACUAAGAACGGAGUUUUUCAGUCCCAACAAUCCCCGGUUUGUUGCGCCUGCCAGAACCUAUCACCACAGAAGCAAAUGUGAAAUCAAUAGGAGGGGUUUCGGUCUGAGAGGAAUUGUGGCUGCGGGAGUUUCGAUGAUGGGUUCUUCUUUGAUGACUGAGCCCGUUGGAGGAAUGGAGAGAUUACCAUUCAAACCGGAGGGCUACAAUUUUUGGUCGUGGCGAGGUCACAAAAUACAUUAUGUGGAGCAAGGAGAGGGGCUUCCAAUUGUUCUUAUUCAUGGCUUUGGUGCUUCUGCAUUUCAUUGGAGGUACAACAUACCUGAGUUGGCCAAAAGAUACAAGGUUUAUGCCAUAGACUUGCUAGGAUUUGGCUGGAGCGACAAAGCAAUUAUCGAGUAUGAUGCCAUGGUAUGGAGAGAUCAGGUUCUAGAUUUCUUAAAGGAGAUAGUGAAAGAACCGGCAAUAUUAGUUGGAAACAGUCUUGGAGGAUUUACUGCUUUAAUUACAGCAGCUGGGUCACCUGAGCAAGUGUUUGGUGUUGCACUAUUAAACUCUGCAGGACAGUUUGGAAAUGCAAAUAGUGACAACAAUAAGUCUGAAGAUACAGUUCUACAGAAGUUUGUCUUAAAACCAUUGAAGGAAGCUUUUCAGCGUAUAGUUCUUGGAUUUGUAUUCUGGCAAUCAAAGCAACCAGCUCGCAUUGAAUCCGUAUUGAAGAGUGUAUAUAUAAAUACCUCCAAUGUGGAUGACUAUCUUAUUGAAUCAAUAACAAGACCAACAGCUGACCCUAAUGCCGGAGAAGUUUAUUACAGAUUAAUGACGCGGUUCAUGUUUAACCAGGGCAAGUACACUCUAGACGGUGUCUUGAGUAAACUCUCUUGCCCGUUGUUGUUGCUCUGGGGUGACCUAGACCCGUGGGUUGGUCCAGCCAAAGCUAGUCGAAUAAAAGAAUUCUAUCCAAACACAUCCCUUGUAAACCUACAGGCAGGACACUGCCCGCAUGAUGAAGUUCCAGAGCUUGCCAAUCGGGCUUUAGUGGAAUGGUUAUCAACCUUGACACCCAAAGCUGCCCUCCUUACACCCUGAAUGUGUACUAUUUUUUCAUACUUUUACAGCUUAGUAGUAGCUCACAUGUUACAUUAAGGUUUUACAUGUAGUUUAAUUGUAAAUUCUUUUUUUUUUUUUCGUGGUUGUUGUUGAUACUAUUGUUACUGCUGUUAAAUUCAAGCUUUUAUGUGAAGAGAUUUCUAACA